AUGCCUUUUGAGCGUAGGAAGUCUAGUGUUGCGACUUCACUCUUCAGUCGCGAGUUGUUUGGGAACAGUGAUGGAGUAUGGAAUCUUGACGAUGACUUCUACGACAUCGUCCAUGGUAAGAAGUACUCUGUAAAACCCGCCUUCUGCAAGUUUCCUCACGUGGGCGACCUUUUCGCGAUUUGCGCUCUGCACUGCAAUCUUGUUGAGGACUAA